GAGAAGAUCUUCAAAGCUGACAAGGUGUUUUCUUUUUUUGAGCCUUUCUUCUUAAAAUCCUGCUCAUUUUGACCCAUUAACCUUAGAAUUAGCUUAAUUUUUUUUAACUUUUGAUAAAAGUUGUCUGAAAGUCUGUCUCUUAAAGUAUCCAUAAUACAUCUGGUCUUAGCUGAGUCAUUUAAAAAAAUUUAGCAAGUUUUUACUUUAAAGAAAUAAACUUUAAAAGUACAGCAGUGUCACUUGGUUUUUAAAAUGGAACUUGAGUCCCUCUAGUGGGUAGAGUGUAAAUCACUUUCCAAGCUUGAAAUUUAAAGAAAGACGACAACCUUGAGUUAUGUGGAACCAGCUUUCAAAUCCACUGUUCUCUUCGGUACUGGUGUCCCCUCUCCCCAGCUGAGAGGCAGUGCUUAGCUAGCCACUGGCUUGGCCCUAAUGUUAACCAAGAUUCAGCGUCCUUUUCCGCCCAUGUAAUUCUGGUGGCCCUGGUCAUUCCUAGCAUGGGAUCUCCCAAACUGUGGCUCACCAGCUGCUUUCUUUCAAGCCUUGGCAAGUAUAAACUCAGGCUACAAGGUGGUGAUUUUAAGCCAUGCAUUUCUUUAUAGAAAGGAACACAAUGCCCUUGGGGUCCUUGAGGUACCAUGAAAAAAAUACUUGCACAGGCCUGUUUUGGGCACAACAGGUAGAUUAAAGACAUUUAGUAAGUGGAGGAGUUACAUACUGAUAGCCAGAACACAGGCAGCAUGGUAUGGCAGAAAAGAACUUGGCUUUGGGGUUCAAAUCCUAACUUGACAAAUACUAACUGUGCGACCUGGAGCUGAUUACAUAGGUUCUCUGUAUCUUAGUUUUUCCCUUCUGUAAAAUGGGGAGAUGAUAAACCCAUUUUGCAGGGUUGUUUUGAGUAUUUAAAAUAAAUAUGCAAAGGCCUUUGUGUUUUUAGUGCUCUGUGAUUAGUAGCAGAGGUCAUGGAUAUUUCCCAAGCUUAAUUCAUUAUAAGGCAUGAGAUUUAAUUAUUUGGAUAACCUUCCCUCUUCUCCCAUGCCUUCUUUUUCUUUCAGUCACCACCAAGUAAGCGAAGAAAAUUAGAGAAGCCAAGGAAACCCAUUACGUUUGUAGUAUUGGAAUCUGUGAUGAAAGAAUUAUCCCUCAAAGCAUCGUCUUUGGGCUCUGAGACAGUGGAAGGCAUAGUAGUUGUGACAACAUGGAUUGAAAAAAUUCUCACCGAUCUGAAGGUCCAGCAUAAACGAGUUCCCUGUGGAAAGGAGGAAAUUAGCCUUUUCCUAACAGCCAUAGAAAACUCCUGGAUUCACUUAAGGAGGAAGAAAAGGGACCGAGUGAGACAACUGAGAGAAGUUCCCCGAGCUCCCAAGAACGUCAUCCAAGCUUUGGAAGAGAAAAGGUCCCCCGCUAAAGAGUCUGGCAACAGCCAAGACCUGGCUCAGGGUCCCCGGGAGAGUGCUCUGUGCGGGCCUGCACUACAGGAGGGCGAGUCUGCCACUGUGGAGGGCCGUGGCCCAAACCAGGACUCACUUUCCCAGGAGGAGAACCCGGAGCCCAUGGAGGAUGAAAGGACCAGCUCCCCAUCAUCAGCCAUUUCUGUGAGGUUUUCAAGGACCCUGGACCCUCCUCCCCAGGCUGAGCUGUCCCACACACUCCAAGGAGAACCAGGCCGCUUCUCAUCCCAGCUAACACUAAGCAGCUUUGUUCAGGAGAGGUCCUUUGACAACUCACCAGGAGUAGAGGAAGGGCUGGCGGCGCGGGGUGUCCAUGUGGAGCUGCUCCAUGCCGUGUUGUCCUGCCCGCCCAUUGGCCCGCGGCCCGGUGACAUCGCCUAA